AUGGAUGGCGAUGUUGACGCGAUCGAUAUCGAUGAUGACGAUGACGACUAUGCUGGCAUAUUCAGCAUCGCCAAUGACUGCCACAGUGAGGACGAUGAUGCCCUAACUGGCGAAGACAACGUCCUUUCAGCAGUGCACACGAAGCGCACUGCUGUUGACAAGGAUAAUUCAACAGAGGAAUUUCUACUGACUCGCGAAGCGUUUGUCCUCUUCGUUCAAGACUCUAUUGCAGAUGCACCAGACAGACAGAAGAGAAACGCAUACAAACAUGGAAGAGCAAGUGUUCUUUUAUUUGAUGACGGAGACCUAUUUUUACUGUCUACAGUAAACAAUCUACCGAAACACGCAGUGACCUACGUGGGCAGCAGUAAAUUACUGCCCACGUACAUCGGUCCAUUUCGUGUAUUGCGCCGAAUGGGCAAUGCAUACACGAUUGAAUUGGCCUUUAAGAUGCGUACGCAUCCUAAGCUGUACGUUGGACGUCUCCGUCAGUACUAUCAGUACGAGCCCGUUUCGAGAUACGAAGAACACCACCGCGGUCGAGAGCAGAUACCACCUUCGAGUGGUCCCGUUUCAACGAGCCAGUCUAGUCGACUAGAGAAGCAACCUGCUCACGCAGUUAAGCGAUGUCUCGACGAGCUGCAGCCAGCUCGUCACGAAGAGAACGAGUCGAGCGUUCGUUCUCAGGGUGCGCGAACGCAAAAGCGGUACAAUCGUCCGAACGAUCGUGCGUUAGGGAAUUGUAAUUAUCCCUUACAAGAUCGUGGAGCUCAUAACGCCGAGUCCACUCGUAAGCCAGGUAAUCUUGCAACUGUUUUGUUACACGGUUCAUCUCUUGAACAUCAAGCUGAUUCGACCCUCGAGCCGGAUUAG